UAGGUUGAUGUGUGGCUUAACUUUUAGUACAAGGUCACGAAUCUUGCUUCAGAGAUUUCUUCAACUCUCUUCUAUUUCACUGAGUCCUUCACUGUUGCUGAGGUGUGGUGUUAACACAAGAAGUAAAAUAACUGCACUGUCUAAGCCAAAUUCCAGCAGACUGUGUGCAUUUAUGGCGACGUCUGGGGCUUUUACGAGACAACAAUAUGAUUAUUUUUUGGUGCUUGAUUUUGAAGCUACUUGUGAAGAAAAGAAGCAUUUACAUCCACAGGAAAUAAUUGAGUUUCCAAUCCUGAAGAUAAAUGGAAGAACAAUGGAGGAGGACUCAAGAUUCCAUACUUACGUGCAGCCUGUAUACCAUCCUCACCUUACACCUUUCUGUACAAAGCUGACUGGAAUUAUUCAGGAAAUGGUCGAAGGGCAACCAACUCUGCAACAUGCUCUCCAGAUGGUUGAUGAUUGGAUGAAAAAGGAAGACCUCCUAAAUCCAGAUGUCAGAUCAGUUUUUGUGACUUGUGGAGAUUGGGACUUAAAAACAAUGCUGCCAGGACAAUGCGAGUACUUAGGACUGCAGGUCCCUGAUUACUUCAAACAGUGGAUUAAUCUGAAGAAGGUCUAUGCCAGCACAACAGGAAUAUGGCCUAGAAAGAAUGAUCUCAUUUCGAUGAUCCAUGGACUGCAGUUAAAACAUGUUGGGCGGCACCACAGUGGAAUUGAUGAUUGCCUAAACAUAGCCAGCAUUAUGAGGGAGUUAGUCCGUAGAGGAGUUGUACUUGAAAGAACAUACCCAAGCCUGUAAAACACAUAUCUGAAGAAGCGCAUGAGGAUGAGAUGAAGAUACCACAAAGCUCAGCCACACUGGAUUCACUAGUUUCGCUCACACAUGAUGGUGAAUUCAGGUUUUUAGCUGUAUUCUAAAAAUCAGUGAAAUAUUUUUUUUCAAACGAACAGUCUGCAUUUUAUGGUAUUAUCCCAUUGAAUUUCUUUUCCUUAAAUUUGUAUAAAUAUUUAUAAAAAGGUGGAUGUUGAUAGCACUGCAUACUUCUAGAUUUUUGUUAUAUUAAGCAAGCUUAAUUUUGUCAUUUAUUUUUAUAUUUCAUUACUCAAUCAGCAGUUUUUGUAUUAUCUUCCUACUUGUUGUUUACAGUAAAUGUAUACUAGUAAAUGACAACAUAAAUUAAAAAUGUGAAGGUGUUUGUACUUGUUAAUUUGAGUAGUGAUCAGGCAUACGAACCCCAGUGGUCCAGGUUUGGUUUUGCUAUGUGUGUACUACUCUGCGUAAUGCAUCAAAAGACCUUGCUUGACCUUAUCUUGAAGUCCUUAUUCAGGAAAACAGUGAUUUUUACUACAAACCUGAAGAGGAGUUAUCUUUGUGGUGAAUUGUAGACUGCACAGUUUACUUUGACAAAUUAUGAAACAAAAAACACAAAUAAAAUUUGCUUUUUCUGACAGA